AUGCCGCCUCGCAUUGCAAGAAGCUCGAUUCAGAGCGGUGGUUCUUCUUCAAAAAGUCGCUCGAAUGCGCGAAACCCCAAAAAGGCGCAGAAGCGCGCCCUCGACGCCUAUGCGAUAGCCGAGCACGAAAAUCUGGAUAGCCCAAAGAUUCGCAAGAACCGCCUAGGCGAAUUCGACCCCGCCUUCAACAGGAAGCGAGCGCGCGACGACGAUGACGACAAUGAGGAAGACGACGACGAGGACGAAGAUGAGGGCCCCAAGAGGCGAAAGAGGAGAACGGGCGACGAGAGUUACGACGAAGGCAGUGACUCGGAGGGCAAUACCUGGCAAAUGGGUCACGUCGACAAUGACGAUAGCGACGAUAGUAUAGACUCAGAUGAAGCUUUUGGCGAUAGCGACGAAGAAAGGUUCGAGGGCUUCACGUUCCGGGGCAGCUCAAAGAGCCAGAAGAACAAGCCAAAAAAGUCCAAGAGACAGCAGGAUCUGGAAGAUGAGGACGGCGACAUCGAUCUGGACGAGGGAGACAGUGCAGACGGCGAGGAUGACUACGACGAAGACGAUCUUGGUGAGGAUGCUAUUGACUUGGCAACCGCGCUGGAUCAGUAUGAGGAGGAUGAAGCAGAGGAGCGGAGAGAGAAGAACAAACAGAAAAAGCGCGUUUCGGCAUCUGAUGACAGCGAUGACAAUGUCAUGGAGUCAGACGAUGAUUUCGAGUCGUUCUCUGACGACGAGAGCGAUGACGCCGACGAUCGACAGGCGCAACUACAAGACUUGAUCUCAUCCCUGGCAUCCAAGGAGGAUGGCAAGCCCAAGGGUAAGAGAGUCGAGGUUCACGAGUCUGCUGCACCAGAUGAAUUUGGUGUUUCAAGAAAGGUAGACCUACUCAGUCUCAAACCCAAGAUCGCAGACGCAGAGAAGAAGAAAGCGCUCAAACUACUCGAAGACGACAAGUCGUCGAAACGUAACGACAUUGCGCGGAAACUAGAUGCACCUCUACCAAAGCGAGCGCAAGACAAGCUUGACCGUGCCGCUGCCAACGCCAAAGCAAAUGAAACUCUCGAAAGGUGGACCGACACGAUCAAACGCAACCGUCGCGCUGAGCAUCUCAUGUUCCCUCUACAAAAUGCCAGCGGGGGCGAGCCUACGGGAGAGAAGACCCUCCAGCCCACUACAACCGCUGCUCCUGCAAACGACCUCGAGAGUACCAUCCAGUCUAUCCUUCAACAAAGUGGCUUGUCUAACGGCAAGGAAGAUGAGGAAAAGCUACAGAAGUGGGAGGAGCUACAAACCAACAAGCUCCCUAUGGAAGAAGUCCUCAAGCGACGUGCUGAACUGCGCAUGCAGCGCGAGCUACUCUUCCGCGAGGAGGUUCGUGCCAAACGCAUCAAGAAAAUCAAGAGCAAGGCUUACCGCCGCGUCCACCGAAAGGAACGCGAGAAGAUGCUGGAGAAGGAGCGAGAGCAACUCAAGGCGGAUGGUGUUGAUCUUUCCGAGGAAGAGCGCGAGUACAACGAUCGUCGACGCGCUGAGGAGCGCAUGGGCGCCAAACAUCGCGAAAGCAAAUGGGCUAAGGGCAUCAAGGCUACAGGACGAGCAGUAUGGGACCAGGAUGCGCUUGAUGGAGUGACAGAAAUGGCUAGACGCAACGAGGAGCUUCGUCGCCGCGUCGAAGGCAAGACUAUCCGCGACGACGAAGAAGGCUCUGAUGUACCAAGCGAUGAGGAAAGCGAAGAUGACGAGCAGUCUGAUGAAGAUGCACUCCAAAAGUCGCUUGGCAAGCUCAAGGAGAACCCAUUUUCGACUGGCAAGUCCAAAUUGGGAGCGAUGGCUUUUAUGCAAAGGUCAGAAGCUGCCAGACGUGCGGAGAAUGAUGAGGCUGUUGAGCGCAUCCGCCGAGAGCUUGCUGGCGAAGACAGUGAUGAAGACGAGAUUGACGAGAAUGCAACCAAGGCUGGACGGCGGAGAUAUGGACCUAAUAGCAAUGUCGUCGCUCCAGCAAUACAAAUUGGUCGCAGCGAGUUUGAAGAGCAUGCUGGGUCUGACGAAGAGCAGCCUGCUGCAAAAGACGAAGAUUCCGCACCAGAGCCAUCCUCGAACAAAUCUUCCGCGCCAAAGAGAAAUAGCAUCAGUGGUCUCUCUAACGGUACACGCAAGGAGCGUAAUGCUGCGCCAGCGCAAACAACCGAGAAUGAGAGUGGCUCUUCCAACCCCUUCUUAGUCAAGGCGAAGAAGGAAAAGAAGGCACCUAAAGAACCUGAGCUUUUCCCUGUCAAGGAAGUCUCGAAGUCCGUCGUUCAAGAGCAAACCGUUGUCGCGUCAAAACUAGCUGCGAAAGCAAAAGCACAGAAAAAGUUAAAACAGGCAGAGAAGCCACAGGAAGCCAAGGUGGAUGAUUUCCUCAAGCAGCGCGUCACUGCCACUGAUGAUGAUGGCUGGGCGACCGUGCUGCGUGGCCAAGACGAUGAUGAAGAUCAGGAUGAUGAAGACAUUGAAAAUGAGGGCAUUGACCUCGACAUUGUCAUGCGCAAUCAGGCUCUCACAGCUAAAGGCUUUGCGGGUGACGAUGUAAUCGCUGAGUUUGAUGCUGAGAAGAAGGCCACCAUUGCUGAGGAAGAGACUACCGAGACCACUUCCGUCCUUCCCGGUUGGGGUGCCUGGACCGGAGAAGGCAUGUCAAAAGCUGAGAAAAAGCGCAACAUCGGUGCCAAAACCGUAACUCACAAGCCUGGUAUCGACGCCGCCAAGCGCAAAGACAGGAAGUUGGACAAGGUAAUCAUCAAUGAGAGGAGGGUCAAACCUAAUACCAAGUACAUGGCCAGCCAAUUGCCGUUUCCAUUUGAGAAUAGGGAGCAGUAUGAAAGAAGUUUGCGGGUGCCAAAGGGCAAGGAAUGGGUCACCAAGAAGACACACCAAGAUGUCACUAGGCCGAGGGUUAUUGUCAAACAGGGUAUCAUCAAGCCGCUACGAAAGCCGCUGGUAUGA